AUGUCCACGCCGCCGCCGAAGUAUCGCAUCCCCGGCCCCGCGGGCGCGCUCCAGGAGGCGCUCCGGCGCGGGAAGGCCGCGGAGCAGAUCGAGGCCGGCGACGUCCCCGUCCCCGACGACGAGACCGCGCACCAGGAUCCGUACGACCCCGCGGAGUCGCCGUGGUUCAAGACGUCGUCGUGGCUCGAGCUCAUGGACGCGCUGGACCUGAAGAAGUUCGACCCGGAGUCGCCGAUGCUGCGGACGAACGUGGCGUGGAUCUUAAACGGUGGGUGGCGCGGCUACAGGGUCCAUCGACUCGCGGUGAUAAUCAUCGACGCGUUCGAGUCGCCGUGGGGGGACCUCAAGGUCUCCCUCGCGGACCCGACCGGGGUCAUUCGAUGCACGAUACACAAAGAAGUCCUCGAGGGGUACCCCAACGCGAUGGUCGUCGGCGGCAGCAUGCUCCUGAAGGACGUUCCCGUCCUCACCCUCGCGGAGGCGACGGAGCAUUACCUGUGCGUGACCAACAACGAGCUCGUGCAGGUCUUCGAUCGCGGACUGAAGGACGCGGAGGACAUCCUCCGUAAACCGGAGGCGUUCGGGAUGGAGCCGAACGACGACUUCCUGGACGACAUGGACACGGACGACGACGACGAGGCGACGGACGACGACGGCGACGGCGGCGACGGCGACGGCGGGACGCGUCGGAAGACUCGGGAAGAUUCCGCCGCCGAGAGGAAGAGACGCGAGGACGAGGCGAGGGCGGAGUUCGCGCGCAGGGUGGAGGCGUUGACGCCGCAGAGCGCGCGAGGGAGGGUGGGCGGCGCGACGCCGGACACGCCGGAGAGCAUCGCGGCGCGGAUACACUCGCAGGUGGAGGAGAUCGAGAAGAUUCAGGACGAGAGGGAGGCGAAGCACAAGCGGCGGUGCGAGGCGCGCGCGGCGGAGAACGCGAAGAAGGAGAGGGAGGGACCGUCGCCUUUGGAGCUUCUGCGGCGGCUGCCGGUGGAGGGCGACGCCGGCGGGGAGGGGGUGGGUGGCGGAGGUCUGAGCGCGUUUGCGCUCGCCGCGGCGAACAUACUGAAACGUAAAGAGCCGGAGCCGGCCGCGGGCGGCGACGGCGGCGGCGGCGGCGGGCUCGAGAGCCCGAACCCGAGCCAAGAGCCGCGGCGGUCGCGGGAAGGGGGAGGGGGAACCGAAGACGGCAUGGACGCGACGUGA